CUGAAUAAAUAUGCGGAGGCACGUCCUGCAGGGAGAGAGGGGCUAGCGCUGCGUACGGAGGCGCUGCGGUACGCGCCGCUGUGGUACAUCUACUACGCGGGGGGUCGGCGGGCGGGUGCGGGGUUGGGGGCGGGUGGGUUGCAGGGGCUGCGGGGUGUCCGCCCGCGGCUUCCAGCACUGGCCGCGCUGCACGCGCACGCCGCCGCGCCCGCUCUCUACGCCGCCGCCGCACUCGCUCUGCGCGAUAUACGCCUCGACUCGCGACUGUUGCAGGGCGCACUGGUGACUCGGUCUCGCGGGCCUUGCGGUUGGCUGGCACUGGCUCUGGCCCGCAGCUCUGCACCAGUUGCUCCAGCCCUGGUCGCGCUCAACUACGUACUCUCCUUGGUCGCUACUCCCCUCUCGCUGCUGUUUUUCUGCGGACAUAUGACUCUGCCCCCGCUGCGCAUAGUGCUGUGGACGGUGCUGAGCACGCUGGUACCGUUCGUGGCUGGCUGCUGCCGGCCGUGUCGCCGCACUGACCACAACACCAGCCAGUUGUCAGCGCUGGUGCUGCUAUAUAUCGAGUGCUGUGCGCUUCUGAGGGACGCAGAGGGUAGCUUGUAUGUUGGUGAUGUGAUGGCUACGUUGUUUUUAGAGGUGAGCAGUGUGUGGCUGCUGGCGGCGGGCUGCGCGCUGUACGCGCGCUUCGGUCUGCUGCGGCGUCAUGAGAGCCGCGCGCUCGCGCUCGCUGCAGUGCCCAAGGCGCUGGGUCUCGGCUGGGAGAUGAAUACAGCAUGCAUGUCAUCGGGGAUAGCGCGGCUGCCUUCAGUGUUCCUGGCGCCCGCGCAGACGCUGCUAAUGGCCGCUAUAUACGGGACGGAUUCUGAUGACGACUGUGAUGACGAUGGAACGGAGCAAGACGACAACGAUGAGAGUGGUGAUGACGUGCCUUUGAUAAGAAAUCAAUGA